UGUAUGAUCCAACAUAAUGCAUCAAAGUUCCAAGAACUGAAAAUAUGCAAAUUAUUGUAGAAAACAUCAGGAUCAUGUCCAAGUGGAGUCACAACACCCAUCCCUGUCUCGACUACUCGUCUUUCCUUCAUAGGAAGGUGUGGAAGCAGAUAAGGACUUCAACAGUGUUGGAUUGUGAAGCUGCUGAAACAUUGGCGCCGUUUGUGGGAAACUCCGAACAAGAAGUUGUGUUACUUAACCUGCUGAAAGACAAAAUGGUCCGUACCUUUACAGGAGGCCGUCCUCCGAGAAAUGAAAUGGACGAACAGGAGGACGCUCACGUAUCUGAGCCCGGCCUGAAUGACUUUAGACCAAUGCCAAGAAACCUUUUUGUAGGGGGAGCCGAACAGGACCACCUAAGUGAGACAGAUGAUGAAAGAACACCGACUGGGUAUGCGACCCAGCCUGAACAAUUCCAAGUUCCAACAGGAACAAGACAAAGAUCUGCCAGACCGUACAAUUCACAGCGUGAACGACCUGAAAGGUCAACAGAACCUGCUCGGACGACCGAGCUCGAAGAGAGAACUAGAGUUCUCGAAAUGGCAAUGGGUAAAAUCCUUGCCCGUUUAAUUCCUGAUGACCCCUUGAUUCCCUUGCUGAACAGAGAUGCGCAACCAGCUGCGGUUGUUGCUACUCGAAACUCCCCUGCUCUAAGUAACAUCGUGGUGCCGACCAGGCCAAGGGGAAGUGGGAAGCUGAACAACGAGCCUAGCUCGUCCAAACACAGUGAAGAACUAUUGAGGAAGAAUGCAGACCUCGAAAGGCAACUAAGGGAUGUACAGAAAUCCAUAGACGAGCUGAAAAGUCCCAGGUCACACCAGCAGACCCUUGAUUUGGACAGCGCUCCUCUAAACCUAUCCAUCACAGCAGAACCGUAUCAAGAGGGAUUCAAAAUUCCCCACCUGGAGACAUAUGAUGGCAUGGGUGACCCUGAUGAACAUCUGCACACCUAUCAAGCCAUCAUGAGAAUCCAAAACGCCAAUGAUGCCAUGAUGUGCAAAGUGUUCCCAGCAACACUAAAAUCAACAGCCAGGAGAUGGUAUCACAAACUCCCCAGACAUUCAAUAGAUUCAUUUUCCCAGCUCACCAAGUUGUUUUCUAACAAAUUUGCGAGCCAGAGGGAGAUCAAGCGUACAGCAACCGAGUUGAUGCAAGUUAACCAGAAGGAAGGGGAGUCUUUGAGGGAUUACAUGCAGCGGUUCAACAAAGCCACCUUGGACAUUGAUAAUGUACCGGACACGAUUUGCCUGUUCGCCCUGUUGCAUGGGUUGAAGCGUGGCCGAUUCCUAGACGACCUGCUUGAAAACCCACCGAAGACGUGGAACGAGGUGAAUGAUAGGUCAGCCAGCUUCAUACUGUCAGAGGACUUUCAGUCGUCCAAGCGACGAGCUGAUGAUAAGCCGAGCAAAGGCCAGGAACAACAACCGAGAAGAGAAGAGAAGAAGAAACAGAAGGUCGGUGAGCAAUGGGGGAAACCAGCUGAGUUCCCGAAGUAUGCCAGUUACAUUCCUUUGACCUUACCUAGGUCUCAAAUCCUAGCACAAAUUCAGCACUGGGUUAGGAGACCUCCACCCCCACUACAUGAUUCUUCGAGGGCAGACAAGAGCAAGCAUUGUGACUAUCACCGUGUAUAUGGUCACAAUACAGAGGAUUGCCAACACUUGAAGGACGAGUUAGAAUUUUUGGCUCGUAACGGGAGGCUAGAAGGGUACGUUCAGAAGCCUCACGCCCAGCAACCCACUCAAACCCAUUUUGUACAGGCGUACGAUCGACCUCAAGGGCUGAGGUACCAACAUGGUGGGACGCAGGAUGCAUAUCGGGAUAACCAGUAUCCUUCUGAACAGGGCAGAGCAUACCGAGGACGUCCCUUCAACCGGAGAGGACAGGGACCAAGAACUACCGCCCCGAAUCAAAAAGACAGAAAAGGGGUAGGUUAUGCUGGGAUACCCCCACCUUCUGGUACCAUAAACAUGAUAUCGGGUGGUGUUCACUCAGGGGGCCAAAGCGCCCGAGCUCGCAAGGCAUAUGCUCGACAGGUGAUGACGGUCAACAAAAACAGACCCCUGAAGUGGCCGUUUGAAGAAGUAGAAUGGGAAAAUGCGCCUAUCACCUUCAGCCUGGCAGAUUACCAGCGAGCAGAGGGAGAGCCUGACAUUAUGAUGCCCCAUGCAGAUCCCUUUGUGGCAACGGUUCAUAUAGGCAAUCAUAAUGUCAAUAAAGUGUUCAUUGACACUGGCAGUUCACCUGAUAUCCUACAUUGGAGUUGCUUCCAAAAGAUGCAGCUAAAUCCGAGCUUGCUGCAGAAGCACGAAGGCUCGAUAUAUGGAUUCGAUAACCAGCCUGUCCCAGUUGAGGGAAUUAUUACCCUUCCUAUAUAUGUGGGCUCAGAACCGCGCUUCAGAAUGGCUUCUAUCACCUUCAUGGUUGUUAAGAUGGAAUCAGCUUUCAAUGCUAUAUUAGGAAGAGCCACCCUGUGCGAGCUGAAAGCUGUUAUCUCACAGCCCCAUCUCUGUAUGAAAUUCCCAACUCCUCAGGGGGUAGGAGUGCUGAAAGGGAAUCAGAGGAUGGCUAGAGCCUAUUACCAAGACACGUUCAAGAAGGUCGAGCUCGCCACAGCCCCAGUGAGCGCUGAGGGUCGCAAGCCAACCCAGCUCGGUCAACAAGCAAUGAGCAUAUCAGACAUUAAGCAUCGACCUGAGAGCGUCGAGCAGAAGGCAGAGCCAGUAGAGCCAGUGGAAACGCUCAGCACAGACCCUACCAGGAGACCAGUGGUACAAAAACGCCGCCUUUUUGGCCCCGAGAAGCAAGCUGCCAUUGACGAGGAGAUACAAAAGUUGUUACAGGCUGGCUUCAUCAAAAGAGUGGAGUACUUCGAAUGGGUGUCUAACCCUGUGCUCGUCAAAAAGCCAAAUGGAAAGUGGAGGAUGUGCAUUGAUUUUACCAACCUCAAUGACGCAUGUCCAAAAGACCCUCAUCCGUUGCCAAACGUUGAGAAGUUGGUAGAACGGGCAGCUGGGCAUGAACGGAUGAGUUUUCUAGACGCCUGCUCGGGUUACCACCAGAUCGGCAGGAACAUAGAAGUGUAUGUAGAUGAUAUGAUAGUCACCAGUGUGCGAGCUGAGGAUCACAUUGACGACUUGGACGAAACAUUUCAAAAUUUGCGUCGAGCUCAAAUGAAACUGAACCCCUUGAAAUGCACGUUUGCUGUGGAGUCAGGGAAAUUCCUAGGGUACGUGGUAUCCAAGAAAGGAAUCGAAGUAAACCCAGAGAAGAUUGAGGCUGUUCAACAGAUGGAGCCGCCAAGGACUGUCAAAGACGUGCAGCGUUUGACGGGCCGUGUUGCUGCGCUGCACAGGUUUAUAGCCAGGUCGGCAGAAAAAUGCCUCCCGUUCUUCAAGGCCCUGAGAGAGCCCAAGAACUUUCAAUGGACUGAUGCGUGUCAGCAGGCCUUUGACGAGCUCAAACGAUACUUGGCAUCAGCGCCCCUGCUGUCCAAGCCUGUGGAGGGGGAGAGCUUGUAUCUGUAUUUAGGGGUUACGGCAGAGGCGGUUAGCUCGGUCUUACUCAGGGAAGAGAAUAAGAAUCAGAAGCCUAUCUGUUAUAAACCUGAACUCUCUGGUCAGCUUAUUGGGUGGAGCGUUGAGCUGAGUGAAUAUGACCUAAAGUUUCAGCCGCGCACAACCAUAAAAGGCCAGGCCAUUGCAGACUUUCUGGUAGAAUGCAUCUCGGCGACGGAGGAAGACAGGACACUUGAUUACCCAGCCUGGGUUUUGUAUUUUGAUGGAGCUGCUAACGUUGAAGGGUCGGGUGCUGGGGUUGUGUUGAUAGGCCCAGAUGGCUUUAAAUAUGAGCAUGCAUUGCGGUUUAAAUUCCAGACCACUAAUAAUGCUGCUGAGUAUGAAGCUCUCAUCUAUGGUUUGAAAUUGGCGUUCGAGCUGAAGGUACAGGGCAUACAAAUUUUCAGUAAUUCUCAGCUCGUGGUGGGCCAGGUGAAUGGCAGCUAUGAAGUUAGGGAUCCCCAGCUUGGCCGUUACACUUCUGUGGUCAACAGACUAAAGUUAAGAUUUGCUUCAUUUCAGAUCGACAAAAUACCAAGAGCUGACAACCACCGAGCUGAUGAGCUGUCAAAGUUGGCCUCCUCGCGGGACUUUAACCCCCAAAGGUCAACCAUCGUCGAAGUGCUGGACGCUCCGAGUUACACUGAUUUCACGACCGAGUGUCAGCUACUAAGCACAGAUCCAUCCACGCCGAGCUGGACUACCCCACUUAUAAAUUACCUGCAAAGUGGCGAGCUACCUGAAGACCUGUCAGCUGCGAAAUUGGUUAAACGAAAGGCAGCACAUUUCACUUUGUUAGAUAACCAGCUCUACAAACGAGCAGCCUCAAUGCCCCUAUUACGCUGCCUUACUCCUUACGAAGCCGAAUACGCUGUGAGAGAAGUUCACGAAGGAGUAUGUGGCGCGCACAUCGGUGGCAAAACUUUAGCUCGGAAGCUCAUGAGGCAUGGUUAUUACUGGCCCACUAUGGUCGAGAACGCGCAGAGGUAUGUCAAAAAGUGUCCGACCUGCCAGUUCAAUGCUGAUAAUAUACACAUGCCAGGGGAAAUGCUAUCAUCUCUCACGUCUCCCUGGCCUUUUGCUCAAUGGAGUGUCGACCUACUCGGCCCUUUUAUCAAAGGCAAAGGAGGCAGCACUUUCCUGGUCGUCGCAGUGGAUUACUUCACUAAGUGGAUAGAGGCUAAACCGCUGUCCACGACAACAGAAAGGAAAAUAGAAGAAUUCUUAUUCAAUUCAAUAUUGUGCAGGUUCGGCAUACCUAAGCGAAUUAUCGCCCACAAUGGGCCACAGUUCCAGGCGGCAGCACUGAGAUCGUUCUGUAACGACUAUGGCAUUGAGCUCGCCUUAACAUCCGUGUAUACCCCACAGUCCAACGGGCAAGCCGAGUCCGCCAAUAAAAUCGUCUUACGAGGCCUUAGGACACGUGUUUUGGCUGCGCAUUCUAAUUGGGUUGACGAGCUCAAUAAAGUGCUUUGGUCUUGUCGCACCACACCCAGCUCGGCCACGGGCGAAACCCCUUUCAGCCUGGCCUAUGGAGCCGAAGCCGUCAUCCCAGUAGAGGUCGGAUUGCCAUCCGAUAGAUCAGAUCGUCAUGACGAUCUGAAUAAUGAACAACUCUUGAGAGAGAACCUAGACUUUGUGGAAGAAAUCAGGGAGAUGUCCCGAAUAAGAAAUAUGGCACAUCAAAGCCGCGUUGCAAAAUUUUACAAUAAAAGAGUUCGAGCUCGCCAGUUUCAAGUGGGCGAUCUGGUCCUGCGUAAAGCCGGCUUAACUAACACUCAUUCACACAUGGGAAAACUCGCUCCUAAUUGGGAAGGCCCCUAUAUGGUAGUUCGAGUUAAGCGACAUGGCUCUUACAUGUUAGCAGAUAUACAAGGGCGUCAGUUACCUUACCUUUAGAACGUACAGAAUCUUAGAAAGUUUUACAGUUAACGUGUGUAAUAUUAUUUCGCUUAAGGUGUUAUCCAACAGUUAUAAACAAAGAUGUACAGAAAAUGCAACAAAGAUUCAAAAGAAAGUUCAUUUUCGUAU